AUGCAAGCUCCACUCCAUCCCCCACCGCCCCCUCCAACAGACGACGUCGGCCAUAUGCACCACUACGGUCGUUCAGGGCGACCAGUGACUCCGCGCAGCGGUUCCAGCCCCCCAGGCCGACUAAGCAUCCCAAAAAACUCCUUCAAAGCCAACGGCUCUUCUGGUGACCUUUCCAAAAGUCCUUCCCAAGCAUCAAACAGUCGAGACGAAAGCCCUUUACCUGCUAGAAGGUCAUCCCUGGGAAACCUCCUUCGAAGAUCACGCUCCAACGACAAGAUGUCCAAGAAGAUCAAGAAAAAUCAGCCUGCUCUACCUCCUCCAGUCCCUCAAACCCCUCCUCGUCUGCCCGAGCUUGAUAUCGCGAAGGGUGCAGGUUCUCCAAUGCGAACGUUUGGAGGAGUUCCACCUAAUCAUCAAGCUUCAAGCCCUCCAGGCCAAUCUCUACCGAAACCAAGCAUUGAUAUGCCUUCCAGAGAUGCAGUGCAUCCGGACCAAUCCAAACAGGAAAAUGUCAAGCCGGGCUUCGACAUGAAUCAAGACCCUUUCCAAGGCGCAUCAAUUACCAACCGUGGGCGAUAUAGCUACGCCUCUUCAGCUGUAUCGACUGUUCACGGACCUAGAAGACUCAGAAAGCGCAAGGAUCCCGUUCCCUUCAAUAUUCUUGUAAUUGGAGCAAGAGGCUCUGGGAAGAGUAGCUUCGUUCAAUUCCUCAAAUAUUCGCUUGGAAAUUCAGCCAAGAGCCAUAGAAAAGCUCUUGCCAACGGAGCUUCCGCUUUCGAAUAUACAGAAGACCUCGAGGAUCCAGAAAACCCCGUUUUUGAAGCUGAAACCGGCGCUUUCCAGAAGAGUUAUAUAGAAACUGACAUCGAUGGGGAGCGAGUCGGCAUCACGAUUUGGGACUCGGACGGGUUAGAGAAAUCUGUUGUGGAUUGGCAAUUGAAGGAGGUCGUAGCGUUCAUCGAAAACAAGUUCGAGGAAACAUUCACCGAAGAGACACGUGUUUCGAGAAUCCCGGGCAACAAAGACUCUCAUAUCCAUUGCACGUUCCUCUUAAUGGAUCCUGCUCGCCUUGAUACCGGAGCUAGCAAGUCGGUUAGACGUGGGCCGAAGAGCAACAAAGAUAGUGGUAUCGAGGGUUUGGAUGACGAUUUCGAUCUCCAGGUUUUCCGUGCCCUUAAUGGAAAGACAACUGUCAUCCCGGUCAUUUCCAAGGCUGACACUUGCACUCUUACCCAAAUGACACAACUCAAGAGCCUUGUCGUCCAGUCCCUCUACAAAUCGAAAAUCGACCCUGUCGCCAAUCUCGAUCUAGAUCUAGACUACGGCCCGGCCGCCACCUCAAAGCCGAGCGCUGCCCAACCGAAAAAGUCGGCAAGAGACAUCCUCCCAGAGGCAGAUGAAGAAGAAGAAACUGGGUCCGGUGCUUCAGAGGAUGAAAGUGAUGCUGGUUCGGAGACCGGGUCUAUUAUUCCAGCUGUCAACAUCUUGCCUUUUUCAGUCAUCUCUCCAGACCACUACAGCUCAGAGUCAAUUGGGCGACAGUACGCCUGGGGUGUUGCUGAUCCAUUUAACCUAACCCACUGCGAUUUCCUCAAACUCAAGGAGGCUGUAUUCUCAGACUGGCGUGCUGACCUUCGCGAGUCUAGUCGCGAUAUGUGGUACGAGAACUGGCGUACUAGUCGCCUUAGCAAGAUGGGUAAACCUAACAACGGCCGUAUUCGCUGA